AUGUCGAGUAAAGAUGCAAGAAAGAAAAGAGCUCUUUCAGAGCCAAAUAUACAGCCUGUCUUUGAGAAUCGAAUGAAGACCACCGAGAUCCUCUCUGGAUUCAUAAAAGAAACGGGAUAUGAAAAUUGUAGAGUACUCUUCUCAUUACAAAACAACUCCCUUUCUGCAAGGGAAUUCAACGAAUGUGUCGGUAUGAAAAGUCAUAUAAUGAUUCUGGUCAGAACAAAUGAAAAUGAAUGGUUUGGGUUUUACCAUGAAGACCCCCUCUGUUAUAAACACAACAGAAAAAUCGUCAACUCGACAAAGAGCAACUUUUUCAUCUUCGGGCGAGACAAGAUUAUUCGUCCUUACAAAAGUGAUUUUAAUGCGACUAAGAGUGUUAUCAUGCACUCCACAAAAGAAGAUUCUUUUGUUGUGACUUGUGUUGGUGCAUUUUGGGUGUUAAGUGAUGGGACAGCUACCGUCCAUCCAAGUAUAAAGUCAACAUAUGAUAUUCCGGAGCUUGUGUUGAAUCCGCUCUGUAAGACUACCUGUGGGAAAGCGAUUAGAAUGAAGCAAUUCGUUGCAUUAGAAUGGUAUUGA